CCCUGCAGCUCCGCCGGCAAGCAUGGGCUACCGCACCGUGGUCAUGUACAUGGAGAUCGGCUGCUUCGUGGUGUGCGUGGCCGGCUGGAUCCUGGUCUGCUCCACCAUGCCCACCGAGAUCUGGACCUGGUCCGAGGUGGACAGCAUCGUGCUGACCACCUCCAACUACUUCUCCAACCUGUGGAAGGACUGCAUCUCCGACUCCACCGGAGUCUCCGACUGCAAAGGGAUUCCAUCGAUGCUAGCGCUCAACUGGGACAUCCACAUGUGCCGCGCUCUCAUCAUCAUCUGCAUCAUUCUGGCGUUUUUUGCCUCCAUCCUGGUGCUGGUGGGCAUGAAGUGCACCAAGCUCGGGGGGUCAGAGGUCGCCAACGCUCGAGUGACGUUUGCCGGGGGGAUGAACUACCUGAUCGGAGGAAUGUGCUCCAUGGUCGCCUUCUCCUUUUAUGGAAACAAAAUCAGAUCUGAAUUUCAGGACCCAAAUUUCAGAGCGCAGAAGUUUGAAAUCGGGGUGGGCGUGUUCAUUGGCUGGGGGGGCUCCACGCUGCUGGUGGUGGGCGGGCUCAUCUUCAGCAUCUUCGCCGGCAGAGAAGGCUGCCGCUCCAGCUCAGACAGAGACAGGUACCAGGCCUACCAGAUCCCACCGGCCUACGCGGUCGCCCCCACGCAGACGGGGAGGAGCGACAGCCGCAAGUCCAAGACCAUCAGCAGCACGGCCUCCAGCUUCUCUGGGAUAAGCAGCAUCACCAGGACCACGUCCACCAACUCUUACGUCUGACACCGCAGACGCUGACCUGUCAGUCAAAGCACGAGUGCGUCGAGUGCUUUGUUUUCUUUCUUGAAGUGGCAAUAAAGUUCUGAUCCUGUUCCACGUGUUGGACGGUAUCUUUUUAAACACAGUAAUAUACACCAGUAGAAAAUAAAAUAAAAAUGAAUAUGUGUGUAUUUAUUUAGCCAUGAGGUUAUUGAUGUCUUUUCCCGCA